GUGCCAAAUAAUUGGAAAUACUUAUACCAUUUGUUUUCACUAAAUAAUAAUGCCUUUGUUUUCAAAUACACAAAUCUUACAUAGGUGUUUUAUAAUAUAGGCUGUCUGUCAAUAUUUAUUCAUUUGAAAAUCAAAUUAUGAAAAAUGUUAAAUUUUUGAAUUUCGUUCUUCUUGACAGCUUAAAUAAGUGAAUUUUUACGCUUUUAUAUUAUAAAACUAUCCUGAAACCAUAUUUUCACAAAUUAUUAUUUUCAAGCUAAGCUAAUAAAGCAUGGCUAAAAAAUCAAUGAAAAUAUAACACUUUAAAAUGACAUAAGAGUAUAGUGCUACCAUGUGAUUAUUCCAAUAACAUAAUCGAUAUAAGAUAUUAUAAUAGAAAGUUUAAAUUAUGUACAUAUAUUAUUAAAUGUUACAUUUAUUUAAAGUUGAUCAUUAAAUGAUUAAUCUGUUUAUGGCAAUAUAACUAAACGUUGUUUGGCAACAAUCAGCUGAUUUGUGAUUUUGUCAAUGUCAAAAAGGAAAGACUGCGCCCUAAAUAACGACCGUGUCCACGCAUCAAUACAUAGUAAAUAUAUAUUAAAUCGCUAUCACUGAAUAAAAACAACGUGUCAAUAAAAUUAUCACGAUGGGAAAUUAUUUUACUGUUAAUAUGGAAGAGAAUUUCAAGAAAAAUCAAGAAUUCAUACAAACCAUAAACAAAAUAAAAAUGGAGAGGCAAAUACAGCUGCAAUAUCAAAUGCAAGAAAGGCAAAUGGCAAUGCAAAUUGCUAAAAACAGGGACACAUGCCUGUGGCUCACUGCAUUCUACUGUGCAGCAUCAACAGCUUUAUUUACUGGUUUCAGGAGAACAAAAAGAGCAUACUUCCUUAUUCCCAUGGUACCAUUAACAUUUGUAACCCUUUAUUACUGGGAUCUUGCUUAUGGAAACAAGGUUCAUAGAAUACGAUGUGAGUAACUCGAGGCCUUAAAUCAAUUUAGUUAAUAAAAUAAAAGUUAUGUGAAUAUCUUGUCAUAAAACAUAGAUUUGAUACAUUUUGUAUUCUCACUAUACAUACUUAUCUCCAUCUCAGUAUAUUAACCUCUAUGAACUUUUCUGGAGUUGAUAAUUAACUGUAAAAAUAGGUGCCAUAACGAGGUUAUAAAACCAAAUGGCGAGGUAUUUCAGCAUGUAAAAAUUUGAUAUUCUGAAUUUUUCACAAAAUAUUAAGAAUGCAGUGUGAAUUAUUAAGCAUGUUUUCAAUAUUUUUAAGAUAUUAAAGUUUUUGGCAGAAUGUUAGACCUACUAAAUAAUUUUUCAAGAUCAUAAAAUUUUUUGUAGUUUGUUGUUAUUGUAAUUAUUUAUUUUCUACAUCUUAUUAUAAGUAAGAUAAAUACAAAUGUAAUUAUUUGUUUAGUGGAGGCUGAGCAUAUAAUGACACAUGAACCUGAUUUACUGGAAUGGCCUUGUGGUUUGCCAUCUCCAUCAUCCAUUGAUCUGGGCCGUUUGGAAGAAGAAGAAAGAAAGAAAAUCCAUCCACCACUUAUUUAAAUUAAUCUAAGAUAUCUCUUGCAAGUGUGCCUUCACUGCAGCUAGGCAGCUUGGCAAUAUAGAGAUUUGUUAGUUGAUGCUAGAAACGCUUUGUGCUAGUAGAUUUACAUAGCCAAACUAAUAUAUAAACACUAAUUAAUCGAUUGUGUCCAUCCACCCCUACAUGUGCAUAUCUCAAGUUCUGAGGCUUGGAUCGAACUGGCGCAGAAUUGAGCCAAUUUGCAUGUCCUGGUCAUUGUGGUUGAUUUUACAUACGCUAGCGUUGAUGUCUGGUUGAUAACGGAAGGUAUAGCGUUAGAUUGACGCGUCAUUGUACCGUGUGUGACUUACAUGUUUAUUCAUCUACGUAAUCUUAAAAAAUUGAUCUGAAUAGAUCUCAAAGUUAUUGAACCAAGAAUUGAAUUCAAUGUAACUUUAAAGAGGCGAUCUAAUUUGUUUAUGAUCGUACGAGCAAAAGAUGCGAUCGUCGUGCGAUGGUUUAUUGAGUUUUCUAAUGACUUGCACAAUGCCGUCGCUAAUGCCUCAAGCGACGGCAUGUGAUCAAUUAAUACACUUUCAAAGAGAUCUUAAUAUCUCGGGGCUGGGUGGUUGAGGUAACUUAAUUAUAAACUUGGGAUCUAAAAAAUGUAUAAUAUAUAUGAUGUUGUCAAAUAGUGUUUCCUCGAAUGUGUAUCGGCUAAACUAUGUAAGUCGUAAAAAUUGUGAUCAAAGCCGGCGGCAAACCAGACUAAAAGUUUAAGCCCGUUACAUAUGUGAUGCGAGAAUGCAUUAUUGUUUAGAAUUCCUCGCCUAUAUGUACAUUUCAAUUUUAUAGUGUCAGUGUAAUGUUUAACUUAAACUUUUUCGAUAUUAUAGAUGUGAAAGUAAAUUUAAUAAAAUUAAUAUCCUCUUUUAGAGGUAUCACGAUGAAUAAUAAUCGUACUUUUUGAAUUCUCUGUACUUAUAUUUAAUAUUCAUAAUUCCUAAAACUAUUUAGCAUGUAAGUGAAGUAUAACUUAAACAUUCUUUGAUAUAUUUACACCAGAUUGUAGAUACAGUCAACAGUACGUCAGGUUAUAAAAAAAACUGUUGAAUUUCUCCCACUCGAUUAUAAACCUUAAUACAUAUUGUGGUACUCUGACGUGCAGCAGUGUGUACCUACGAUGAAUUAGUGAUGUUAUUAACAAAAAAAAAUAUUAUUAUAAAAUAAUUGUAGGUUAAAAAAAGUUUUGAAAUACGAACAUGUCCUGGCUAAGGCGUCCGACUACUUAGCUAACGAUUGUAGGAUGCGCAAAUGAUGUGAUUUCGUAAUGCGGGAUAGAUAUAAUUCAAGCUUUAUUUAAAGUAGCUAUUUAGUAACAUUCCUUAUUGAAUCACAAUUUUUUUUAGAUGUAUUUUUGUAUAGAAAAGCUUAUCAAGUGCAUAGGUACUUAUGAAUUGUUACUAAUUAUGGAGUUUUUUUUGUUAUACUUGAAAGCUAUUGCUUCAAUGUUGUUGUUAGUUAUUUUGUUUUUAAGCCACAUAAAACUAACUUUUUAUAAUAUUAGUAGUAUUAUGAGACAAAUAAGUAAUCUUAGUUAAAGUUAAGUGUUUUACUCAAACUGAAAAAUAUACAAUUAAAAUUAAUUGAUAAUUGUAUUAUUGUUUUAUUAAAAUCAUUAAAAAUAAAAUAACUUUCGUGGACUCGUAUACCAGUUUUGAUUUCAGUCCAUCUCUGAGACCCCAGAUUGGUAAGUGUACCUAAGUUUGACGUUAAGAAUUUGUAUGAAGAUUUUUAGUUCUCAAUAGUUACCGCUAGAGGCGUAGUACCGGAAUCUUACAUUCUAAAAUCUUAACGCGCUCGCGAUCUACGGUAAACGUAAACGACAAAAAGAAAACUACACUAAUCGCUCUGGUUCUAUUUAUGUUCGGGUUACAGGAGUUAGUAUAGAUUUCUUUUUUGCUUAUCGGAUUUUCAGAUCUAUGUAGAUGUGGUAAGUAGGUUGUCUCAGAUACUCCAUAUUAAGGGGGCUUUAGCUAAUCUUGGAAUCUGAGGAAUGUAUAUGAUAUUCUAAUAUUUAUACUUAUUUAUUAUUGCUUUAUAUGGAAUAAAGAUUUCAUAAUUUUUAA